AUGUUCUCUUCCGAAGCAAGCGAUGUCACAUGUGAUGAGACUGCCUCCCUGCUGCAGCUCGCGUCAGCCCGGGAGCACUUGAUGUUUGAUGAGUCAGGAUCUUCCGUUGACACCCGCAGUGACAAAGGCUACGGGGCCGCGCAGCAGUUCCUGGAGGCCCUGGAGUCAUACGCCACGGCCCUGGAACUGGCACCCGCCUCCCGGGGAUACCGAAGCAACUUUUACGAGCAGUUUGCCGAGAUACCGCUGCAAAGAGAUUACAGUGUUGCUGUUCUAGAGGCUUGCUUGAGCUUGUCGCGCAGCCGCGCGAUUUGGGCCAAUGGCCAGAAGUUCGAGCUCUCUGAAGAAGCGGAAAAUUCGUGCUUGGCAUUGCAGUGCGAGUGGGACCAGCUCCUCUCACAGCUAGAUUACCUCCUGCCUUCGCUGGACGAACUGGCAUCAGCACGGCAUGCACUCAGCACGCUGUUGGACAGCCUCGACCUGAAGUGGGCCGACUUUGAACAUUGUUACUUCAUGGAGAUCGCGAAGGUCCAGCAUAAGGCCAAGGGUCUCGUCAUCAAGGCGAUCGAAGUAGAGGCUGCGGUUUCGCGCUUAGAGGAGGCGAAACAUGUGGACGAGCUGGAGGAGAGCGCGGAGUACCAGCUGCACGUGGGCGCAUUGGUGGAGUGCAUCACUCGGCUGAAUGUUGCCGCCAACAUGCAGAGGAGGAGCUUCGAUGAGCUCACGGCAGAGGUCCGGGAGCACUCGGAGACGCUGCUGCGGAUGUGCGCCAUCGAUCCGGAGACCCCGCUGCAGGCGGCCAGGGCCCUUGCACGGCAGGCCUUGGACGCCUUCGAGGAGCUCAGAUGUUACUUGCGGCGACUUGCAGAGGACGGGCAGCUGGAUGAUCUUAACCCCCAGCUGUGUCAGAACGAGAACCUAGUGGCGGCCUUGAUGAGAUGGGAGGAGUCCUGGAUCAUCGUGGCGCGGUAUAUCCAGGACCGGCCCGCCCUCGGCGCACUCUGCAAGCUCAUCCCUCGCUUGGUGAGGGCCACCCAGCUCUCAGACAGCUUCGCGCAGAUGUGCUGCAGCUUUGACGCGGAACUGUUCCUAGUGCUGCCGCGGAUUGUGUGGCUCUCCUACUUGGCGGCGCCGGAGAGCUUGACGGGCUUGAUCUCGAACCUGCUGCCACACAGGUUCGUGCGGGUCCCGGUCUACUCGGAGCUGCGGAGGGCCGGGGAGGCCCAGCUGCGGCAGCUGCGGCGGGAGCGCUCGGAGCCGUCGCUGGGGGACGCCUGCGCCCCGGAGCUGGUGGUGCUAGGCACAGACGCCUCCUUGAAGUCGCUCCAGACAAAGUUUAACGAGGUGAAGCUGAUCCUGGAAGGGAGCAGGAUGAACCCACACGACGCCGACGCGUCGGCUUGGGGCAUGCUCUUGCAAUGCGCGGUCAGCGGUACAGGGUGUACAGGGAGCGCGGCGCAGUGCGAGGCGCCUCUGAGCGCUCCGAAGGUGGCAGCAGUGGAGUCCUUGCUGCGGGACCUAGAAAGCUGGAGCAUGGAGCUUCAGCGUCACUGCGCUGAGGACUGGAACGAGUGCAUCAACGUGCUGGUGAAAUGCCUGCUAGCUGAGCUGAGCGUGGUCGACCGGUGA